CCACAUCACACUCUCAUGUCGCUGUGAUCACUCAGCCCGUGUCCUCCUCCUCUCUCCGGCCGUGGGAUCACUCCUCACACUGCUCCUCUUUACUGGAUAUUUACGGCUUUCUUACAGGCUGGCUCUCAUCGCCUCCUAGUGAACAGCUGUGGCAUUGAAGAAAAGUGAUUUUUGAGGGAAAUUUCUGAAACCACAGGAAAUCCUAUUUUAUAGCAUCAAAAGGAACACUUUUUCCCCUGCGUACAACAGCUGUCUGCCUCUGUCUUUUCCAAGCUUCAAAUACCAAGAAUGUUGAACCAGAGGACUAAAUGACACUUUAUCUGUGGCUCUUAUCUUAAAGUGAAGAAAGAACAAAUUCACCUUGGGAAGUAACAAGAAUGUCCACAGAGUCUUUCCAUGCUGCCUAUGCUGCCGUAGCCCCGACCACCGUCCCAAUGUCCCCCUCCACAGGAAACCUGCUUCGGAUGUUUCGUGAGUACCAAAGCAAUGCGGUCAUCUUGGAGCACUACAACUUCACAGGCAAGCUGCAGGAGAACAAGUACAAGGAAGGACUCAAACCGGAGGCCAUAGCUUUCCUGCUGGUCUGCCUGCUUAUAGUCAUGGAAAACGCUGUGGUGCUUCUGGCUAUCUGGAAGAACAAGAAGUUCCAUGUGCCCAUGUACUACCUACUGGGCAACCUGACUCUGUCUGACCUGCUGGCAGGUUUCACCUACAUGGUGAACAUCAUCACGUCUGGAGCCAACACGUUGAACAUGACCCCUGUGUUGUGGUUCCUGAGGGAGGGGGGCGUGUUCAUCAUGCUGGCAGCAUCCGUCAUCAGCUUGUUGGCUAUUGCCAUAGAGCGCCAUGUCACCAUGGUGAGGAUGAAGCCGUACCAAGGCGACAAGCAAGGCCGGAUGUUUGCUCUAAUUGGUGCCAGUUGGGUGCUGUCCGUGUUCCUGGGUGUCCUGCCUGUCCUCGGCUGGAACUGUAUGGGACGUCUGGACCAGUGCUCCACCGUCCUCCCGCUCUACGCCAAGAGCUACAUCCUCUUCUGCAUCACCGUCUUCAGCGCCAUCCUCAUGUCCAUCGUGGUGCUCUAUGUGCGCAUCUUCCGGAUCGUCAAGUGCAACACCCAGCGCCUUGCUUCGGUUCCACAUCGCAAAGGCCUCUACCGCAAAUCCCAGAAGUACAUGGCGCUGCUGAAGACCGUCACCAUCGUCUUGGGGGUCUUCAUCAUGUGCUGGCUGCCCCUCUUCAUCCUCCUCCUGCUGGACUUCUGCUGCCCAGCCAAGAGCUGCGGGGUGCUCUUCAAAGCGGACUAUUUCCUGGGUAUCGCCAUGUUCAACUCCCUCCUCAACCCCAUCAUCUACACCCUGACCAGCAAGGACAUGAGGAGGGCCAUCCUCAGGCUGCUCUGCCGACACUGUCUCUUGACAAAAGACGGACAGGUGAAGAAGAUCGGGAUGCCCUUCCUGGAGUGCAGCACCAGUAAGACUGAUGCAGCCUCUCACAGACUGGAGGGACUGGAGACGACUGUGUCCUCCGGUAACUUUACACCGACAACUAUCAAAGCCAUUUACCCCAGGAUGUCGAAAACAUGACAGAGCAGCUCACUGAGAGCAAGCAUUCGGACUAAGACUUAGCUGCUUGUCUCUAAUCUGAGUUUCAUAUCUUUGUUGCACUCUGAUGGGUUUUAGUAGUAACCCUCAUGAACAGAAUAAGCUCAAUGUAUGAGUCCAAAUUGGGAGAAAGAUAUAAACUUGUGAAGUUUUCUAUAAGAGAUUCAGCAUGAAAACCAGAAAUGUCAAUGCUUUAAUAGUAGCUGGCCAUUCCUUUAAAAAACUAGCAUUACAUUCAUAUUUUAGACACUGAAAACAAGGCCAGUAUUUGUUAUAGGGCUGGGCGAUAUGACGACAUAUAUCGUACAACGAUAUAAAAAUGUAUUGCAUAUAUUUUUAUAUACUCUCAUGCAGAUGUCAAAAAGCCAGCGACUAACUGGAGUUGCCCCCUUUAAGCUGAUUACUAGAGUAAUGAAUCAUUUUGGUCUUAGUCAAUUAUAAUUUGUGUAGUCGAAUAGUGUUUUUUUAAAGCUUCUGUUAAAGUUGAAUUACAUUUUUAUAUUUUGUGGAGAAACUCAGUUUUUACAGAUCUGUCAAUGAAAUCAACAAAAAAAUUAGAUUAGUCGACAAAAUCGUGUUAGUUGACAUAUGAUUUUUUUUAGUCAAGGAAAGCCAUAGAGUGAACUACAUCGCAGCAAUAUUUUAAACACAAAAGGCUUUAAGUUGUUAUUUCAAAUAUACAAAUGAUUUUUUGAAUGCCCAGAAAACAUAUAGUUAUAAUGUAAUGUAUAUCAUUUUUUGAGAUAUAAAAUGACUUUUGUCGGAAUAUAACAUUUUGGACAUAUUGCCCAGCCCUAAUUUGUUUAAUGCAUUCUUAACAUAUCUCUAAUGUGUUAUAAUUGGUUUAUAGCACUUUAUAAUUAUAGGUACAAGCACUCAUAAAUAUCCAUAAUGCUUUAUAAAAAAAAGUCAUUAUUAUUAGCCUAACCCCUACCCUAAUCCUAAUCACAUUGUAAUGCAUUUUAACAGGUUAUAAUGCAUUAUAAAUAUAUGAUGUAUUGCAACUGAGAAUUAUAACCUAUGGUCCUUGUAAAAACAAUGUCUGACUUGACUGAGCUUAUAAACCAUCUUAAAAUACUAAAUAAUGUGUUAAGAUUGUUGUUUUAUAUAUUUUAAAAGUUUAUGAGUGCCUGUAACUAUAAUUAUACAGUGCUAUUAGCAGAUUAUAAUGCAUUGUAAGUAUAUUUAUGAUGCAUCAUAGACAUGGGUGCCAUACAAAGAGUAACAAGUUUUCCUUUUGCAACAAUCAUUUUUUUAUCAGUGUUUUUUCUCCCCGACACGAAAUGAAAGAGUGUGCAGACGUUUCACAUAAAUACAGCCAAUUACGCCGUACAUCUGAUAGACUGGGAGCCCAAGCAUGAGGUUUAUCCUUAUCUCCUGUCCCUGUGCAGCACGUAAUGAUAUGUUGUUACAAACACGGAGCAUCCACACCCAAAACCUGCUGCCAAACCCAUUUAAUUUCUGCCAUGUGAGUUUUGGUCAGCAGCAAUGCUGGGUAGAGGUCCCCUCGGCCCAGAUCACAGGCUCGGCGGCCUGGAGGACGUCACAUCGAGGGUUGUGCUGAGCGGUUUGCAGCUCUGGAGGUCCCCUCAACAUAUGUAGCGACACAUGAUGAAUGACUUAAAGCAAUAAAGUCGACAGGGGAGGUUUGUUGACGCCUUCUUGGUCUAACGGGGGAGAAAGUCCCAGUACUUGUGUACAAAAAAAUGUUUUUUUUCGAUGGUGAAAGAAAUGAAUCUGUUUUUCUCGCGAAAGAUCGCAGAUGCAAUCUGGUUCCACAGGAGAAUGUGGGCUUUAAAAGGACUGGGGAAUUUCACUGUGGUUACAGUGUCAUAAGAACUCUGCCAACUGUAAUAUUGUAUAGAUGUAAAGAGAAAAAAAAAAUCUAUUUACUGAUUUUUUCAGUAUACUUUGUAAAUAUAUAUAGCCUUUUCUGCGCUGCAUUUUGUAUUGUAAAAACCUCAUUUAAGUUAUGAUGUCACUUUUUAUAUGUGCACUGAAUAAAACAUAUGUGA